GGAAAAGCCAUGAACAUCAGCGUACAGCCUUCCUUCCAAGAUGUCAUUGACGAUGCUAAGGACCUGAGAGAGACUACAAGUUCCUUUUGGAUCAACUUUACACAGCUGGAACAGCUGGAUGAUGGCAUCACAGAUGAACAAGUUAUCCAAGUAUCAAAAGUGGAAGGUGAUGAUGGAGUGAAGUUUGAGAGCGAUAACCUCCGCUUCAUACAAACCGAGCCCGGAGACUAUAAUGUUGAGUAUAAGGGUUAUGAAUUUGUCCUGGAGACUGCACGCAGGGUCUGUGGUACUGGUUUGGAGAAUGCGACAAGUUUCCACAUAUCGCCCGAUGAGACAAGGUAUUUGAUUGGUGACGAUGGAGGUUCCUUAAUACUGGGGUCCUUAGCUGAUGGCUGUCAGAAGAAAACGAUUAAAUCUGCCCAUUACUCCACAAUUACAAGGUCUUGCUUCUUCCCAUCGGGUGAGGUCGCGUUGACUACUGGCCUUGACCUUCAAAUAAAGAUCUGGAAUCUACAGGACGGUUCGUCGCCUCGUGUAUUUAAGUCUCAAAAGUCAAGAAUUACAGAUCUCGUUAUGGUUGAGCGUGGAAGGAACUUUCUGUCCUCAAGUCUUGAUGGAACCAUCAAUCUGUGGGAUUGUGCCUCAGGUAUGUGUAUUUCAACGUUUAAGAGAUCACGUACAGUGAAUGAUGGGGUGACGGCCCUGUGCAUCGCAAAGGGGGAAUCGAAGCUUCAGCACACCAAAUCUUCCUACGAGCAUGGAACAUUGGGGAAGACGCUAAUAGCUGGCCAUAACAGUGGGACUGUCACUUUGUUUGACCUGGGAUCAAGGGAGGAAAUACUAAAUGUUGGUGGCUUCCAAUCUGCUGUUGUUGAUGUUCUCAAACCAUCAGAAUUCAACGUUUUAAUAUCAUAUGAGAAUGGUAAAGUCAAAUCUUGGGAUUUGAGAAAUAUUGGAACUCAUACGAACGAAAUCGACUUGAAGAAUACCAUCAAUAGCACAGUGAUAGACGAUGAAUCAAUCGUCGUAUCGUACGCUACGGGCUAUCUUUCAAGGCUCACACACACACUGGAGUCAAUAUCUACAAUUGUAGGCACAGAGGAUAACGUGACACUUUUAGCAUCCCAGGGUACCACAUAUCUAUGUUCUUCUUCCAGUAUUUAUAAACUAUAGAUGCUAUAAAUAAAUGGACAUGGAAACUAAAAUCAUGGGUGUAUCUUAUCAGUGGUGCUGAAUGUUUUCUCGAGAUAUAAUUGUAUACUGAAACAAUGAUCAUACUGGUUGAAUAACAAUUUCUAUCACGUUUCCCUGAUCUUUCUCGAAUAUAUACAGGUAUGAAAGGUCUAGUAUUGACAGAAAUUAUCCGAUCCAAUCGAGUCCGUUAACCUCUUUCCAUGUAUCUUUAAGCAAUUCUUGACAUUUU